AUGAAUGAUCCUACUACAAAAUAUGCCGAGAAACUGAGCACGCUGGCUCCUUUUUUCAACUACCACGAAUUCCUAGUUGCUCCCAGCAACCCUGGUUCUACCCUAGUGUCUCAAGUAUCAACACAAGAGAAGGACCAUGAUACACCCAGCCUUGUGGUGAACCAUUUUCCAAACAUCUAUGCUCCACAGGAUUCCGAAUUAUACAAGAACACCAGAAUCGUGAGAAUUCCUCGAGCUUACGAAGACAAGGACUACUCCUAUAUGAUUCCACAGUUCUCCCUAUAUACCCCAGGUGAGGAGCCUGCUGCUGUUUACGGAGAACCCACCUUGGGUCUUUACGAUGGCAAUGUCUUUGGAACAACGUCAAAACCUCCUUUGGUCCCUCUGCUUGUUUCGGCUCUGGAGCUUGAAGAUAUCGUCAAGGCAGUGAAUGCCAUUUUGGCGGAUGCCUUUUCGUUGCAUUCCAAGUGGACGUGGAUGGACAAUAUCGUGGAGUUUUUGACAGGCACGUUGUAUUCGAGAAUUUGGGGCUGGCUAGCGCUAGAGCCGUAUACGAAGCGGGAAUUGGGGAAGUUGGACCAGUAUGUGGAGGAGGUGAAUGGGACGUUUUUGGCGAAACGGCACCCACAGCUACGGUUGAUUCUGGUGAGAGAGAGCGGGUUUUUGUCGUUGGAUUUCCAGAUCCCCAAGCCGUCGGAGUAG